AUGACUGCAAGGCUUUUGAAGGCUGGUCGGCCUGCGGAGGCAAUGGCAGUGAUUUCGGCGCUAGAAGACAAGCCCCCGACAGAUGCAAAUGUCAAGCAAACAUUUGAGGCAAUAAAAGAGGCCGUCAUAGCUGAAGGCAUGGAUCUUACAAACGUGGCUUCUAGUCAUGACUCGCAGAAAUCACAAUCGAGUAAGGCAUCGCUUCGUGAACUAUUCACAGGCGGUCGCGGUCAAAAUUUCCGACGAACGCUUCUGUUUGAGCGAUUGCAAAUAUCAGACACCAAAUCUCGAAUCAUCGCCGCUUGUAAUGCCACAGAAUACUUCAUGGCAUCAUUCAUCGCCGUGUUUUUGAUCGAACGAGUGGGCCGUCGCAAGUUAAUGUUCUUCGGGUCUUUUGGACAGACUGGAACGAUGGUACUCCUUGCAAUAUUGGGAAGCAUCAAUAAUGCGGCUGCACGCAUAAUAAGUGCCAUUCUCUUUCGGUUGGUUGGGUAUGACUUGGCUUUACUAUACCCCACUGGAACUCCACAGCCAGCCGAGAUUGUCGGUCUGCGUAUGCGUGGACCUGCAAAUGCCCUUUCGACGGCUAGCAAUUGGACAUUCAACUUCCUAGUUGUCAUGAUUACAGGUCCAGCCUUUGAAAAUAUCUCGUGGCGCACUUACAUCAUUUUUGCCACACUGAACGCUGCAAUCAUACCAUGCGUCUAUUUCUUCUUUCCUGAAACGGCAGGACGCUCACUUGAAGACAUGGACAUCAUAUUUGCGAUCGCAUACAAUGAAAGUGUAUCUCCGGUGGCCGUUUCUUUGCGAAAAGAUAUACCAAAGGCGGGGUCGGCUGAAGCCAAUAGAAUUCUAGGCCUGGAUGAAAGAGAAUCAGAGGACCGAAGGUAA